AUCUUCUCUUUCUCGUUCCCUUUCCCUCCCCCUCCAAAACCAACAGUUCCCAUACUGUACUGUACCUGCAGCAGAAUCAUGGCGGACAAACCUUCGGUGGACACUGCCGAUGUCACCGGCAAUGAAAAGGCCAUCUUCGAGACGCCCACCACCGGGCUGGAAGAGCAGGGCGGUCGUCGCAAGUCUGUCGCUCUCAACCUGGUCGAGAAUCCUUUGAAGCGCACUUCGCCGGAACAGACGGUCCUCAAUGCCAUGUCUUUCGCCGAGACCCACGGCAUGCCCGAGCAUGCAAACCUCUUUGGUCGCGCCGCCCUCGUCGCCCGCGACCCGGACAACUUCGCCAGCGUCAACGAACUCGAGGACCACGAGCGCAACGCCCUCCAGUACGAAAAGGAUCACAAGUGGCAUGGCCCCAAGAUGCUCUGGUACUCGAUCGGCUUGUGCGCCAUCGGAGCCGCCACCCAGGGUUGGGAUCAGACCGGUUCCAACGGUGCCAACUUGUCCUUCCCUGAAGCUUUCGGGAUCAACGGCAAAGGCAAAGAUGAAUGGAUCGUCGGUAUUAUCAACGCCAUCAUUUUCUUGACGGCCGGUCUCAUUGGUGCUUUCAUUGUCGAUCCUCUCAAUCACUACUUUGGACGAAGAGGCGAGAUUUUCAUCACCGCUUGCUGUCUGACUGCAACGCCCAUCGGUUCCGGAUUUGCAAAGUCAUGGCAAGGAUUGUUCGCCGCUCGAUUCGUCAUGGGUAUUGGAAUUGGUGCAAAGAACGCGACGGUGCCCAUCUACUCUGCUGAGAUGGCCCCGGCCCGUGUCCGAGGUGCUCUCGUCAUGUUCUGGCAACUCUGGGUCGUCACUGGUAUCUUCUUGGGUUUUGCUGCCAAUGUCAUCGUCAAGGACACUGGUAGAAUCUCAUGGCGGCUUCAGCUUGGUUCGGCCUUUAUCCCAUCUUUCAUCCUCAUGAUCGGAAUUUACUUCUGUCCCGAAAGUCCUCGUUGGCUCAUGAAGCAUGGAAGGCACGCCCAGGGAUUCCGAUCGAUGCAAAGACUGCGAGCUCAUCCCAUCAUUGCCGCCAGAGAUUUCUACUACUCGCACGUUCUCUAUGAGGAGGAACUUCGUGAAGCUCGUGGCAACGGUUAUUUCGCCCGUUUGUGGGACUGCUUCGCCGUGCCCAGAAUCAGGCGCGCCAACUAUGGUGCCUCCACCGUGAUGAUUGCUCAGCAGAUGUGUGGCAUCAACAUCAUCUCCUUCUACAGUUCAACCAUCUUCGAAGAUGUCGGCUAUACCCCAACUCAGGCCCUGUACGCAUCUUUGGGUUAUGGUGCCAUCCAGAUGGUGGCGACGUUCCCCACCCUGUUCCUCAUCGACACCAAGGGCCGAAGAACCUUGACCUUGGCGACCUUCCCUUUCAUGUGCCUCUUCUUGUUGGCCGCCGGUCUAUCUCUUCUCAAAACGGAUGGAAGCCGUGGAUCCCAGAUUGGUCCUGUUGUCUUAUUCGUCUACCUCUUCACCAUCGCCUAUUCCCUGGGAGAAGGUCCCAUUGCAUUCCAGUACUCUGCAGAAGUGUUCCCUACUAUUCAGCGUGAGCAGGGGAUGGCUUGGGCAGUCUGCAUCAACAACACUUUUGCUGGUAUCCUCAGCUUGACCUUCCCUCGUAUGAGGACCGUCAUGACUCCCACUGGGGCUUUCGGUUUCUAUGCUGGACUCAACCUGAUUGCCUGGUUCAUGAUCUUCUGUUUCGUCAGAGAAACCAAACAACUCACCCUGGAAGAAAUUGACCAGGUCUUUUCGGUCCCGACCAAGAGCUUCCUCGGAUAUGAAUUGAAAGUAUGGCUUCCUUACUUCAUCAAGCGACACAUUUUCCGACAAAAGAUUCCCAAGCCACCUGGAAUCAUUGAACGUGCCGAAGACGCCGACAGGGCCGACGUGGCCGACGUAUACUAGACGGUACCAUGCCUAGAUUCCGCAGAGAACUGCACUCCUGGGGGAAAAUCAUCAAGGUUUGGACAAUUGGACGCCUCCGACGAUUUCGACCGUUCCAUAAGUUCCGCACAAGACUCAAUGGGAUGUCAAGUGCAAGUCGGGAGCAUUCACGAAGAUGAAUAUCGACAAGGGUAAUGGCAAUAGAUGUCAACAGGCUGGAGGAAAUAAGUCGGUCUUGUGCAAAGCGACGCGCUCGCUCGUGUUCGCCAUUAGACUUAGACUUGACUUUUGCUCUCUUUUAGAGUAGACUACUAUCCUUUUAAUGGUCAAUCAUCACCUCGACAUAGA